AUGGAGAACGCAGAUCCUUAUAGAUAUUUUCUAAAAGAUGUUAAGCGCAUCAUCAUCAAGGUUGGGACUGCUGUGGUUACUCGCCAAGAUGGAAGGUUGGCGGUUGGAAAAUUAGGGGCACUCUGUGAGCAGAUUAAGGAGCUGAACUCUCUUGGUUAUGAGAUUAUUUUGGUGUCAUCAGGUGCUGUUGGCCUUGGCCGCCAAAGGCUCAGAUACAGAAAAUUAAUCAACAGCAGCUUUGCUGACCUUCAGAAGCCGCAAGUUGAAAUUGAUGGCAAGGCUUGUGCUGCUGUUGGACAGAACAGCCUUAUGGCUCUUUAUGAUGCUCUGUUUAGUCAGCUAGAUGUUACAUCUGCUCAGCUUCUUGUGACAGACAAUGAUUUUAGAGACAUAGAUUUCAGAAAGCAACUCAGUGAAACUGUGAAAUCACUGUUAGGAUUAAAAGUUAUUCCCAUAUUCAACGAGAACGAUGCAGUUAGUACUAGGAAAGCUCCAUAUGAGGAUUCUUCUGGCAUAUUUUGGGAUAAUGACAGUUUAUCAGCUUUAUUGGCAUUGGAAUUAAAAGCCGAUCUUCUUAUUUUGUUGAGUGACGUGGAGGGUCUUUAUAGUGGCCCUCCAAGUGACCCACAUUCAAAGCUUAUCCACACAUACAUUAAGGAAAAACACCAAAAUGAAAUUACAUUUGGAGACAAGUCAAGAGUGGGAAGAGGUGGUAUGACUGCCAAAGUAAAGGCUUCAAUUCAUGCAGCUGAGGCUGGCAUUCCCGUUAUCAUUACCAGUGGUUAUGCGGCAGAAAAUAUCAUUAAAGUUCUCCAAGGACAACGUAUUGGAACCCUCUUCCAUAAAGAUGCACAUAAAUGGGCCCCAUUAAAAGAGGUUGAUGCUCGGGAGAUGGCAGUUGCAGCUAGGGACUGCUCCAGACAGCUUCAGGCCUUAUCUUCAGAAGAGAGGAAACAAAUUUUACUAAAAAUAGCUGAUGCUUUGGAAGCACAUCAAAAAGAGAUCAGGAUUGAAAAUGAAGCUGAUGUUGCUGCUGCACAAGAAGAAGGAUGUGAACAAUCCUUGGUGGCUAGGCUGGUUUUAAAGAAUGAGAAGCUUGCAAGCCUUGCAAACAAUGUUCGAAUUAUUGCAAACAUGGAAGAUCCAAUUGGUCGAGUGUUAAAACGAACUGAGCUUGCAGAGGGCCUGAUUUUGGAGAAAACAUCAUCUCCUUUAGGUGUUCUUUUAAUCAUUUUUGAGUCUCGCCCUGAAGCACUAGUACAGAUAGCUUCUUUGGCAAUCCGAAGUGGGAAUGGGCUUCUCUUGAAAGGAGGCAAGGAGGCUAGGAGAUCAAAUGCAAUUUUGCACAAAGUUAUUACUGAAGCCAUACCAGAUUCUGUCGGUGCAAAACUUAUUGGACUUGUGACAUCAAGAGCUGAAAUUCCUGAGCUACUUAAGUUGGAUGAUGUAAUUGAUCUGGUGAUUCCGAGAGGAAGCAACAAACUUGUCUCUCAGAUCAAGAGUUCGACUAAAAUUCCUGUUCUGGGUCAUGCUGAUGGAAUUUGUCAUGUCUAUGUUGAUAAAUCUGCUGAUUUGAAGAUGGCAAAGCAGAUUGUACUGGAUGCAAAAAUAGAUUAUCCAGCAGGCUGCAAUGCCAUGGAAACACUUCUUGUUCACAAGGACUUAGUAGAGAAAGGAUGGCUCAAUAGUAUUACUGUUGACCUACGGACAGAAGGUGUUACCUUGUUCGGAGGACCAAAGGCAAGUCCUUUGUUAAAUAUUCCACUGGCUCGAUCGUUACAUCACGAGUACAAUUCCUUGACAUGCGCAGUUGAAAUUGUGGAUGAUGUUUAUGCAGCUAUUGAUCAUAUAAAUCUUUAUGGAAGUGCACAUACUGAUUCCAUUGUUGCAGAAGAUCAUGAAGUAGCUGAUGUGUUUUUACGCCAAGUUGACAGUGCUGCUGUUUUUCACAAUGCUAGUACAAGAUUCAGUGAUGGGGCACGAUUUGGUCUAGGUGCAGAGGUUGGAAUAAGUACAAGCAGGAUUCAUGCUCGGGGUCCAGUAGGAGUUGAUGGAUUAUUAACAACCAGAUGGAUUCUCAAAGGAAGUGGACAGAUAGUGGAUGGUGACAAAGCAGUUAGCUACACCCACAAAAACCUUGCUAUUUGA